UUUGCGCUCAUCGCACGGUAGCCGGUGAUACAACUUUGUUCAUGUACAAGCACGUACGCAAACAUAUUAACAUGCCACGGUGAAGGUCAAAGAUGGCCAAUCGUCUCGGAGGGACAAUCCAACAGAAGCUGCCACUCCUAGCUGGUGUAUAUCCUUGCUCAUCCUCGUAUUCAGUGACUUGUGCUGUCGGUCCCAUUCCUAGUCUAUCAAGAGCAGUGAAGAAGUGGAAAAUCGGAGGGACAGCGCCUCGCCGCCUGAUAUUGGGUCUGGGUGUUUCAUUUUGGGCGCAGUUAAUGAGCAUGGGUGGUGCAGUUGGAGGGAAUUCUUUCAUUGCAUCUGCUAGGCAAAAAGGUGCUGUUGAAGAGAUAUUGAAGAAUGUCGAAUGGCCAGAGCAAUUCCCCUUCAAGGAGGAGGAUUUCCAGCGUUUUGAUGAGUCACCAGAUACAUUGUUCUAUGAAAGCCCACGCUUUGUGACACACAUUGAUGAUCCUGCCAUUGCUGCACUGACCAAGUAUUACUCAAAGGUUUUUCCUCCUAGCAACACUCCAGGAGUAAGCAUCUUGGAUAUGUGUAGCAGUUGGGUCAGCCAUUUUCCACCAGGAUACAGGCAAGAUCGAGUAGUUGGAUCAGGUUUGAAUGAAGAAGAGCUGAAGCGGAAUCCGGUUCUGACUGAGUAUGUUGUUCAAGACUUAAAUCUGAACCCUAAACUCCCUUUUGAAGACAAUUCCUUCGACAUUAUUACUAAUGUGGUCAGUGUUGAUUAUCUAACGAAGCCUUUAGAUGUUUUCAAGGAGAUGCGCCGGAUUCUUAAGCCGGGUGGACUGGCUAUAAUGAGCUUUUCCAACCGUUGCUUUUGGACAAAAGCCAUUUCUAUAUGGACAUCAACUGGUGAUGCUGAUCAUGCUUUGAUUGUCGGCUCGUAUUUCCAUUAUGCUGGAGGAUUUGAACCUCCUCAGGCUGCAGAUAUCUCUCCCAACCCUGGACGCUCAGAUCCUAUGUACAUUGUAUACUCUAGAAAAUUAUCUACGGCUUAAGAGAGGUGAACAGAUUUGUGGUUCUAUACUUCUAAUUAAUAGCCUAAUUCUGGGAGCAAUGAUUCAUACUGUAAGUUUUGUACUGAGCAUAUUGUGUAUUGUGCAUUUUUCUCCCAAUGUGCAUGUAAUUUAAUGGUGAUGAUUCCACUUUUUGUAUUAGAGCUGAAAAUUCUGCAGUCUAAAUAAGCUUAGAGGUGUCUUCUAAACUA